AUGACGGAGGCUCUCAAACCCAUCCUGGAGCGACUUGAAUUUAACGAUGUCGAUUUUCAAUACUUCACUGCACCCAAUGAGCCAACCAUCGUCAAUGGGCACACCUAUGCGCCAAUUGACAGUAUAAAUUCGGGAGAAGACUCGGCCAAGUCAGCUAUGAACUGUUGGUCAGUGUUGAAUCUGAUUUCUCAAUUUGAUGCAUUCCUUGUCGCCUGCUACUCCGCGCAUCCAUUGGUUGGUUUAUUGCGAGAGCAUAUAUUGGAAGAAGAAAAGACAGCCCCCGCACAAGGGAAGAAGUACGUGAUUGGCAUUUUCGAAGCCAGCAUCACAGCUUCUCUGUCCUUGAUCAGCGGAUUCAACUUUGUCACUCUUGGGGAAUCGAAGAAGGAGCAAGUCAAGGAGACAUUUGGAAUCAUCACCACAGGCAGUGUAUGGAAAGAAGAGCUCAGUAAUGCCGUCACUGCGAUGUUAGUGGGUGCGGGCCAAAGUUCUUCCCGCUUCGCUGGAGUUGAGACAACGGGUUUGACGGCAGUUGAACUGCAUACGACGCUGCCUGAGGAAGUGACACGAAGGAUUCGUGAUGCUACUCAGCGCUUGCUUCAAAAUGCCCCAAACCCCGUCGGAGCCAUCUCACUAGGAUGUGCUGGUAUGGCAGGUAUGGAAGAGGCCGUGCGAGCAGGUUGCAUACAGCAGUACGGUGAGAUUCAAGGGUCCAGAGUCAGAAUUAUUGAUGGUGUAGUUGCAGGAGCUGGAACAUUGGUUAUGGCCUUUAUCAAAGCUUCCCGCGCCAAAACGCGUCUUCUUAUCGUCACCAUCAUAAUUUCAAGAUUCACUUCUAACAAGAAGCAAGCACUAUGCCGAGUGUUUACCAAUACUGAUAUGUAUGGGAAUUACAGGGAAAUCAUCACGAUUCAAGCUGGCCAGUGCGGCAACAAUGUUGGCAGUCAGUUCUGGCAGCAGCUGUGCCUGGAGCACGGAAUCAGCCAGGAUGGGAACUUGGAGGAAUUUGCGACAGAAGGCGGGGAUCGCAAGGAUGUUUUCUUCUACCAGAGUGACGACACACGAUACAUUCCCCGAGCGAUUCUUCUCGACCUAGAACCUAGGGUUCUCAAUGGCAUCCAGACGGGCCCUUAUCGCAAUAUCUACAAUCCCGAGAACUUCUUCAUUGGGCAGCAAGGUAUCGGGGCGGGUAACAAUUGGGGUGCUGGAUAUGCAGCCGGAGAGAUCGUUCAAGAGGAGAUUUUUGAUAUGAUUGAUCGAGAGGCGGAGGGAAGUGAUUCACUCGAGGGUUUCAUGCUACUACACUCGAUUGCAGGAGGCACAGGCUCUGGCCUGGGAAGCUUCAUUCUCGAGCGAAUGAACGACCGAUUCCCCAAAAAGCUGAUCCAGACAUACUCCGUUUUCCCGGAUACACAAUCAGUAGAUGUGGUCGUCAAUCCCUACAACAGUGUUCUCACCAUGCGGCGAUUGACCCAAGAUGCUGAUUCGGUCGUUGUUCUUGACAACGGCGCCCUAUCAAGAAUUGUGGCCGAUCGACUCCACGUACAAGAGCCUUCAUUCCAACAAACAAACCAGCUUGUGUCGACGGUCAUGUCGGCAUCCACCACUACACUCCGAUAUCCCGGCUACAUGCACAACGACCUUGCUGGAAUAAUUGCCUCGCUGAUACCCACACCACGCAGCCAUUUCCUGCUCACUUCAUACACCCCUUUCACUGGUGACAAUGUUGAGCAGGCCAGAACCGUGCUCAAGACCACCGUAUUGGAUGUGAUGCGCCGUCUACUUCAGGCGAAGAACCGCAUGGUGUCGAUCAACGCCAGCAAAUCCAGCUGCUACAUCAGCAUCCUCAAUAUCAUCCAAGGUGAAGCCGACACGUCAGACGUGCACAAGUCUCUUUUGCGUAUCCGGGAACGAAAACUUGCAUCAUUUAUUCCCUGGGGCCCUGCAAGUAUCCAAGUGGCACUCACAAAAAAGUCUCCGUACCUGCAGCACACGCAUCGGGUCAGCGGUCUCAUGCUGGCCAACCACACAUCCGUCGCAACACUGUUCAAGCGGAUUGUUUCCCAGUACGACCGGUUGCGCAAGCGCAAUGCCUUUUUGGAACAGUACAAGAAAGAAGCACCCUUUUCCGACGGUUUAGGGGAGUUCGACGAGGCUCGGGCUGUGGUCAUGGAUCUUGUGGCUGAAUAUGAGGCAGCCGAACGCGAGGAUUACCUUGACCCAGAUGCAGGCAAAGGCAAGGAAACCGACAUACGGGAUCGGGGGGGCCCAGUGAGCGUUAUCUUUGCUUUCUUUUUUCAUGAAUAUUUCCCUUAUUGCUUCGACAUGGCAAGAGGUUUCGGGGGCGCAACCUAG